GUGCGGCGGCCUCCGUCCCCUGCAGGUUCUCCUACGGGAACUCCCUCGCCGCCUGCGCCGACUCCGCCUCGCCGCUCGCCUUCGCCAAGCAGCUCUACUGCGCCGCCUGGAAGGACGGUCUCUCGCGGGACGCCUCCAUCUGCAGCGCCGCGGUCGACCUUCUCGCGAAGCACGGCCGCCUGGAGGAUGCACUGCGGGCGUUCGAGGACGGGGACCGCGGUAGCGUGGUCUGCUGGAACGCGGCCAUCUCCGGGGCGGUGCGUAACGGUGAGCCCGCGCUCGGCGUAGUCGCGUAGAGAUGUUCAUUGAAAUGGUGAGGGGAUCCUCUUGCGGGCCCAACUCAUUCACGUAUUCCGGGGCGCUCAGCGCGUGUGCGGCGGGCGCAGAGUUGGGGGUUGGGAGGGCGGUGCAUGGCAUGGUGCUCCGUCGUAAUCCUGACUACGAUGUCUUUGUUGGGACAUCCAUCGUUAACAUGUACGUGAAAUGCCGAGAGAUGGGUGCUUCCAUGAAUGAGCUCUGGAGGAUGCCGAUCCGGAAUGUGGUUUCAUGGACAACUGCGAUCUCUGGUUUUGUGCAGUUGGAGGAGCCAACUAGUGCCAUGCUACUGCUCAGGGAGAUGGUGCGGAGUGGCGUGGCGAUUAACAAAUACACCGCUACGAGUAUAUUGCUCGCCUGCUCUCAGAUGUCCAUGAUACGGGAGGCUAGCCAGGUGCAUGGCAUGAUAAUAAAGACUGAGCUGUACUUGGAUCAUGUUGUGAAGGAGGCUUUGAUUUCCACAUAUGCAAACAUUGGGGCUACUCAGCUGAGUGAGAAGGUGUUUCAAGAAGUUGGCACAGUUAGCAACAGAAGCAUCUGGUCGGCUUUCAUAUCUGUGGUUAGCAGCCAUAGCCUACAAAGAUCAAUUCUUCUGUUAAGGAGGAUGCUAUGUCAGGGCCUGAGACCGAAUGACAAAUGCUAUGUUUCUAUUUUCAGUUUUGUUGAUUCAAUUCAGCUUGGCAAGCAGUUGCAUUCAUUGAUCAUAAAGGAUGGGUUUGUUCAGGAUGUUCAUGUGGGAAGUGCACUUUCCACCAUGUACUCCAAAUGUAAUGAUUUGAAGGAUAGCUACAAGGUUUUUGAAGAGAUGCAGGAACGGGAUGAAGUGUCAUGGACAUCAAUGGUUGCUGGUUUUGCAACACACGGUCAUUCAGUUGAGGCAUUCCAGGUGUUCAGGAAUAUGAUUGUUGAUGGUUUUACACCAGAUGAUGCAUCCUUACGUGCCAUUCUUUCAGCCUGUAAUGUACCAGAGUGUUUGCUCAAAGGGAAGGAAGUUCAUGGACAUGUCAUUCGUGUCUAUGGAGGAACCACGUCCAUUAACCAUUGCCUUAUUUCUAUGUAUUCCAAAUGCCAAGAUGUACAAACAGCUCGAAGAAUUUUUGAUGCAACUCAAUGCAAAGACCAGGUCAUGUUAUAUUCAAUGAUAUUUGGAUACUCUGCAAAUAGUUAUACCGAGGAGGCAAUCUCAUUGUUUCAUCUGAUGUUGACAUCUGGUUUUCAGAUAGAUGGAUCUGUAUGCUCAUCAAUUAUUAGCAUCUGUGCUGACAUGGCAAGACCAUUCUAUGGUAAACUAUUACAUGGGUAUGCAGCGAAAGUAGGCAUACUAUCUGACCUGUCUGUGAGCAGUGCACUUCUGAAGCUAUACUCGAAAAGUGGCAACCUGGAUGAGUCUCGUAAAGUUUUUGAUGAAAUAAGUGAUCCGGAUUUAGUUACUUGGACAGCUAUAAUUGAUGGAUAUGCUCAGCAUGGAAGCAGUCAGGAUGCUUUGGUGAUGUUCGAUUUGAUGAUUAGAUGUGGAGUAAAACCAGACCCUGUCGUACUUGUGAGUGUUUUGUCUGCUUGUGGCCGUAACGGUUUGGUUGAAGAAGGCUUCAAAUAUUUUAAUUCAAUGAGAACUGUGUAUGGGGUUGAGCCAGUAUUGCAUCACUACUGCUGUAUGGUUGAUUUACUUGGUCGGUCUGGGAGGCUUGCAGAGGCAAAAAGUUUUAUUGAGAGUAUGCCUGUAAAACCUGACUUGAUGGUGUGGAGCGCACUGCUUGCUGCUUGCAGAGUUCAUGAUGAUGCUGUACUUGGACGUUUUGUAGAAAAUAAGAUCUGUGAAGAAAAUUAUGAUUCAUGGUGUUUUGCAACUCUGUCAAACAUUCGAGCAAAUUCGGGAGACUGGGAAGGAGUAAUGGAUAUAAGAAAAUCAGUCAAGGAUGUGAAGAAAGAACCUGGAUGGAGUAUGUUGUAAGAAUAAAAAUGCUUCAAGAGAUAUAUUGACAUAUUGUAUUUAUGAACCUGGAUGGAAAUAAGAAAAUCAGUCAAAGAUGUUAUUUUGUUCAA